AUGGUGGCCCCGAGGUCUGCAGAGGCGGCGCGCUGCGGGCUGACGCCCGCGAAGACCUGGCAGCGGGAGCUUCCCGCGGCCGCGUCAGCGCCUGGCGACAACGAUCAACUGAAAAUCGGCGCAGGUCUCAUGUGCAAGAGCGCGUCGCUCGAUGCGUCUUCCAGCACGUCCACGUACUACUGGUCGUCUUCAGAUGGGGCGUCCUCUGUAGACGAGGCGCAGAAAUCCGAUGCGGGCAGCUGCGAGAGCGGGGAAGAAGUCGAGGUUCCACGCCGGCAGGCGUUUCUGGAUAAGCAACGCUCCUCCGGCACGUUCUCCUGCAUUGCCGACACAAGACUCAGUCCCUCUGGCAAGGAGAGGAAGCUCCGGUGGGAAGAUGGGUUCGAGGGCGGAGAUGCGCAGAUUCCGGCGGAGUCGAACACGGCCCCAGCGCCCAGCGGCAGCGUGGAGCGGCGCAGUGUCUUGCCUGCGAAAUCGAGUCUCUCGUCUGCUUCCGGUCUGCCGGCCACGAGUGCCGUCCCAGGAGCAGAGACGAGUCAGGCCUCGCGCCCUUCUUCAUUUUCUGCCGCCGCCGCCAAGAACGAGGGCCAAGCCCUUCUGCCGUUCGCCUCUGCAGCUCCCACUCGCGCCUCCGCAGCGAUGCAGUUGAAUAACAGCGGUCUUCCUGCGCCGGCGACCCGCGCGCUCGGGGGCCGCCGCGCGGUCGCGGGACACGUCUCCCCCGCGUCCUCAGUUGAGAACGGGGGCGAGCAGCGCCAGAGCUCAGGUCGCAGCCACGGGGCGAAGAAUCGGGCGGUCGUUUUGGGGUUGCUGAAUGAUCUGCUGCAGGCGCUGCCGACGGCAAACGUGGAUGAAGUCUUGGAGUCUCUCGAGCCGCUGCGUCGACUGUCGACUGGAGAAAACGCCUUCGCGCGGGAGGAGAGCCGCGUCUCUUCGCGCCUCUCGGAAGCGUCGCUCGGCAGUCGGACGUGCUCCAACAAGGCGAGUCUGCAGCGACGCGGCUCCAAGCAAGAGGCAGGCGCUGGGGUGGUUGCGCAGGGCAGGAGGGAGGGGGCGGAAAAAGGGACGGCCGCGCGCUCAGCCGCAAGGGCACAGCCGCGGAGACGCUCCGUCUCGUCGCGGGACAGCGAUGUCGCAGCUGGCUCCCAGAGGAAGCAGAGCCUGAGCAACACGGCUGACCAGGAAGGGAAAACGGGUGGCCCUGUGUCGCGGCUCACCCGCAGAUUUGGCAGCGUGGCGAGCCUCCCUCCGCUCGCCGUCUCUCGCCAUUCACCGGGGGGCGGGGAGCUCCCGUCAGAAGCGAGGCGCGAGGGCGGACUCAGCAAGCCUCGCGUUUCGCUUUCUCCUCCGGCAUUUGGAGAGCCCCUUCUGGCCCCCGCCGGCGGCCCUGGCAAGGGUGCAGAAGUUGUGGAGACGCCGCUGCCCACCUUCAGCGCCGCCCGACGGUCGUCUGUCGAAUCUCAGACUGAUGUCUUUGGUCGAGAUUCCCUCAGAGAGUCGACUGGAGCGCACAGCGUUCGCGACGUGGCGCCGACUUUGGCCGUGUCUCAGACGCCAGAGAGCCUGAGAAGCAAGGAAGCCGAACGAGACGAGAAGGCCGGCGCACCCAGCCUAACCAGUGGUGCGUCGUCUCCAGGCAGCAGGACCUUGGAGGCCAAGUUUCUCCUCGAGCAGCGGGCGGAAGACCUCCAAGAUUGGCUCGCGUGGGCGGGAUCGUACGGAUAUGUGCCCGGCUUGUACUGCACGGCUGCAGUGCAGGGAGGCGCGAUCGACGCGCCCGCGGCCUUCGCAGCCCCGGGGGCACUGUCCCGUAAAUGCUUGACUGCGCCAACGGUAGGGCGCGCUGUGCGUUCGCCGUCCGUGUCGGAGACUCUCCGUGCGGAAAAGCUGCCGGAACUGAGCCGUAUGCGGCCUCCGUACUCGCCCCAUCUCCUUCCAGGCAGUGGCGGGCGCGGCCGCUCUGCGUCCCUGGACUCGGGUACAUCUCGGACGUUCGCCCGACCCUCUCGCGGGGUCUCUCUGGAGGCGCCUAGACUGGAGAAGGAGUCCAAAGAGAGUCGUCCUGUGCAGCUGCUUCAGGCCAGAGAGAACGGCGCCUCGUGCCUCCUCUCUCGGCGCGUCGCCCCCCCGGCCCCACUGUUCACCGCUGUGGCUGAAACAGCAGACGCCUCGGCUCCGGCGUACCGCGCGGCGCUCACUGACGACUCCUACAGGAACUCGACGACACUGUCGUUUUCUCCGGAGGAGGAAGAAGAUGGCGAAGACAUUGACAUCAUCGCCUUGCCGCGGAAGCGCAUGCCCAUCACGCCGCAGCACUUCCUUCAGACUCCGCGACCCGCCUGGCUCAAAGGCAGCUCCCAGGCCGCGAAGGCUGCCGUCGAGCGCCGCGCAGCAACUGCCGCUGCUCGCCAAGAGGCCCUUGAAGCGGCGCGUCUCGGCGACCGAGCAGUCAUGGCUUCGGCUUCAGAGAGCGUCAACUCGGCCGCAGCGCAGGAAGCUUCGGUCGACGUCGACAGAGCUCUGUCUUCGCUGCGCCAAGAAACUGACAUCCCCGACACGGCUCGCAGCAUGUCACUUGUCUCCGCGCCGACGUUCAACGAGCUCUUCUUCCCUCGCACCGCAGACAGCGAGACGCAGACCUGCAUUUCAGACUUUUGGAAGGCUCUUCCGUCUCCGACAGACGUGGCGCACGUUUUCUCCCGAACUCGGCGCCUGCUGCGCCGUAAUGUCCCCGAUGUAUUCGUGUGCUCCGGCCCUGAGAAGCUUUCAAACACGCGGUCUGCGUCUCUCCCCCCCGUGCCAGCUCCGCCCUCCACGGGGUCGCGCAGCUUCUCAGCCGCGUCCGCCUACUGGGCGCCGCCCACGCCUGGGCCCUAUGAGAUGAACGCGUUCGCGCCGGCGGCUGUGCGUCUCCCGUCGCACGGCGGCGACAGGUACGCCGCCGCCUACGCCGUCCAUCCUGGAGUCGGCUACGUUAUGCAUCCUCUCUCUACCGUCUCCUCGGGGAUGAGCUUUGUCCAGGCGCCAUCGGGCCGACUCCUCUCGCGAGACUCGAUUCAGAUGCCGCCGGGGUACUAG